CUCAGUCCGCUGUCAUCGCCUUCGUCGUCCAACUACAUACUCUCUCACUCCCUCAUAAGACGCUCCAAAUCGCAAGUAUCCUGUCUACGGUUGUACAAUAGUAUGGAAGAGCUCAGCAAAGACCCGGAGCUGGCGCCUAGCUUGGUUAAACUCCUCAGCGAGAAGCUCGCGCACACGCGCAAAGCGUUGGACCAGGCUAAACAAGAAAACCAAGACCUCCGAGAUGAAAAUACGCAGCUGCGAGCGCAGAAGGCAGAUGCGUUUGCCAGCGCGUCUGCAGAAGGAGAUGUAGGACUGAGAGGCGAUAUGUUACAGGAGCUGGAACGUGUGCGUGAAGUACUGGCAGAGAAAACUGCGCAGCUUGAGGAGCUCUGUGGGGAGAAUGAGAACAUGGAUGCCGAGCUUAACCACUACCGCUCGAAGAACUCGUUCGUUCUGACAGACGAAGUGAUCAAAGAUGCCAAGCCGCUAACGAGCUGUUUGGCGCGACUCUGUCCUGCGAGGAAUGAUGUUCGGAAGCUGCAUCAGCAAGUCCAGGAACUGCAAGAGCGAAUUUCACAGCAAGAUGCAGCCAGCCGUGACAAGGAGCUCGAACUUCAGGAAAAGUUAGACAAGGCAACUGCAAAGAAGAAUAAAUACAAGGCAAAGCUGCAAUCCAUCACAGAGGCAAAUGAAGCGCAAAAGCGUGAUGUGGAGCCCCCUGUGGAUGUCCCUAGAGAACCAACGAAAGCAGUGGCACAGCAGGACACUAAAAAUACUGAGAGCAAGGAUGAGAAGGAAAACAAUGAGGACAAGGAAGACGUCGAUAUACACAGAUGCUGCUUAUCUCCCAAUCGUAGGCUGAUAAAUCUUCCCAAGGAAGUAUCAAGAAUCUCGACCGCUGGCAAUUUCUUCUUCCGACCGGGAAGCACUGUGAUGAUCUAUCCACACGGAGAUGGGAAAGAUGUGCGUAUCCUGGGCUCGACAUCGGUUUGCGACCCUGCAACGAGCCCGUUUGCUUGGACACCUUCGGGUAACAACCUAGCAAAAAUGGUGGGUAACAUACGCGAGCUCUUCUAUCUUGCGGGCCCGAGGGACGUGCGCUACCUGGGAACCUAUCGCUGCGUCACAGCAGGCAUAUACUCGAGCAAUGAGUUUCGUCAACUUCAAAAUCAGGUCAAGGAAGAUAUCGUAAAUCACUCGAUUGCCGGUGGUCUGUGGGCUACGAGGGGCUUAACCGAUGCCACGAAGAGCGCGAUCCACAAGGCAUACACCAAAGGCCUAGCGGAAGUGGAGUUUGUGCACCUCGUUUUUGACAACUUCAAUUACGAAUACUUUAAUGCCUUGCUCAAGCUAAAGGAGGCAGACGAGAAGGUGCACCAUGCCACGAAGACAUCUCAGAAGCGGAAGUUCGGACAGGACGCAGCGACAGAAGAUUCUUCUGUGCAAAAGUUGUCCAAGAAAUGCAAGAUGGCAAAGUAACGACGCUCAUUGACUACGAUAUCUCCUGUAGUUCACAUAUGCG